CGAGUUUUCUGUCUUAGAAAUCAUAAAUAAAUAAAUAAAAUAUUCUUUUGCAGUAACCAUCCCCCUCCUGAGCUUCGGCAUGGUCCAAGGCUGGUUGUCCCCGAUGAUAUCGGUGCUGCAGUCCACGGAAGGGCCAUCACCAGAGCCGUUUAGCGGUGACGACAUAUCCUGGACCACUUCCGUCACUUACAUCACCGCCAUCAUCUUCGGGGCGCCCAUGGGCUACCUCACUGACAGGUUCGGGAGGAAGAUGAUGACCUUGGGUACAACACUUUCUUUGAUUGUCUACUGGCAGAUCAAGCUGUUCUGCCUAGAGCCAUGGGCACUGAUCUUAGCGCGUGCCAUCGCUGGCAUUCCCUGCUCGGCGUGCUACAUCGUGCUGCCCAUCUACAUCAAGGAGAUCAGCGAUAUCGACCUCCGUGGUGCCUUGGGCUCCUUGCUUAUAUUAAAUAGGAACAUCGGCUACCUGGCCAGUUACGUGUGCGCUGACAUGAUGAGUGUUAACGCGUUGCUGUGGCUGGGGCUGAUGGUGCCGACAGUGAUGUUCUUCGUGCUCAUACUCAUGCCGGAGACGCCGGAGUUUCUAGUCAAACAGGGAAAAGUUGACGAGGCAAAAGCAGUAUUGGCUUGGCUACGUGGAGUCUCUCCUGUGGACAGAGCUCUAGAGGCAGAGAUAGAAAAUGUGGUGCGAGUAGAGAAACAGACAAAGGCGGACACCAAAUCAGUCUGGGGAAUCAUUUUACGCGACAAGCCGACCCGGAAAGCGUUCAUCAUCACUCUAAUCAUCAAGAUAGCGCAACAAUUCGAUGGUUACUUGAUAGUCCUCAUCUACGCCGGAUUCGUGUUCAGUCGGGCCUCUGAUAGCAUCAGCCUGAAGCUCAGCCCCAACAAGCAGAUCAUUAUGAUUGGAUUGGUUCAGCUGCUUGGCUCCAUCUUCGCUACCUGCAUCGUGGAGAAGACUGGGAGAAAGCUUCUCCUAGUGACGACCUCGUUUGCCGUGGGUAUUGGUAUGCUGAUCCUGUCCGUGUGGUUCUACGUGACGUCAGCAGGCAUCUGGAUGCCGGGCUGGCUGCCCGUGCUGGCCAUGUGUGUGUGCAUCUUCGCUGAUGCUGCUGGCUUCCAACCCAUCUCUUAUAUCAUCAUUACUGACUUGUUCACAUUCCAGCUCCGCGGCACCGUGUCAGCAUUCACCAACAUAUGCGCCAAACUCAGCAACUUCGUCCAGAUGAAGUGGUUCACGAACCUCUGCGAGCUGAUCGGCAUCCACUGGACCUUCCUAUUCUUCGCCAUCGUCUGCUUCUUCUCCACUAUUUACACGAUCUUCGAUUUCCCCGAAACCAGGAACAAGACCGUCGACGAAAUCUACGAGAAACUAAACAGUAGAGGGGAAAAGGACAAGAGUACUGCUGUGCCGUAA